AUGGCGAAACCAACCCAACUCAAAGAAGAGGGCAACCGCCGCUUCCAAGCGGGCGACUACGUGAUGGCCGAGGCCCUUUAUUCCCAGGCCCUCAUCUCCGACCCGCACAACCCCGCGCUCUACACCAACCGCGCGAUGGCGCGCCUGCGCCUCUCCCAAUGGGACAGCGCCGUGGCCGACGGCGCCGCCUGCCUGGCCCUCGCGCCCGACAGCAUGAAGGCGCACUACUCGCUGUCGCAGGCGCACCUGGCGCUGCGGGCGCACGACGACGCCCUGCGCCACGCGCUGCGCGCCCACGCAUUGUGUGUGGCGUCGUCGGCGGACCACAAGAGCCUGGGGCCGAUCACCACGCACGUGCUGCGGUGUAAGAAGGAGCGGUGGGAGGAGUUGGAGAGGCGGAGGGUCAGGGAAAGGAGUGGGUUGGAGGGGGAGGUGCUGGGGUUGUUGGAGGAGAGGAGGGGGGUCGCGCUGAGGGAGGCCGAGGCCGCGGGGUUGGAUGAGGGUGGGAGACGGGAGGUGGAGGAGGAGUGGCGGGAGAAGAUGGAGGCGAUGCGCGAUGUGUUUGAGAAGGCGCGUCCGAGUGCUGAGAAGAGGAGGGAGGUGCCGGACUGGGCUGUGGACGAUAUCAGCUUCUGCGUGAUGGUUGAUCCGGUUAUUACCAAAACCGGCAAGUCCUACGAGCGCGCCUCCAUCGUCGAGCAUCUGCGUCGCCAGCCGCAAGAUCCCCUGACCCGGGAGCCGCUGUACGCUUCCGAGCUGAGGCCGAACCUCGAUCUCAAGCAGGCCUGCGACGAGUUCCUACAGGAGAACGGCUGGGCGGCAGACUGGUAG